CCACGCCACAGGGUUGAUGGUGAUGACGCGGCCCUUGGUUGUACAACUGACUGUUACACAUCGUCAAAAUUGUUGGCCGGUGUCUUAGCCCUAUAAUGGAGUACUGGCUAUAUGCGACAAAGGCAAUAUUCAUUCCAACCCCUCGAGCCCUAUAUGUUAACAUUCUCAGCCUUGCUGGCAGUAACUCAGUAAGGGCUUACCCCAGUCCUGCUUAGAGUCGCCUGCAAACUUUAUAUAGUACUCGACCUUAUCAUUAAAAUCAUACAAACACUUGUGGCACUUUCCCUUACCCUACUCGACUAGUUUGACCUUUAGACAGCUUUACCAAUUUUGGGCCCUCACGGGACUUCGCAAUUUAGAAGAUGAUACAUCACAGUCUGUGAGAUAUCUGCGCACGCUUUGCUUGGUAGCAGCUGGUCCUGAUGGCGACCGGAAAAGCACCAUCCAUCUUGAUUGUUCCGGCGACGAGCUAUGAGAUUGACAGCGAUUGUGGGCGGAAGCCCAAGACACCUAAGAAGACUCCAAUUGUCUGCGGAGCCGCGCAGUCGCUGGAUGGAGUCGGUGCCUCGUUCUAUGACCCGCGAAACUUCCUCGUUCGGGGUGGGCAGAGGGCGUUCGAGCAGAAAAUCUUGAGCAUGAACAAGAAUGCUAUACAGGAGCUGCGGGCAGCCAACUCCGUGCUGGCAGAGGAGCUGUUAAGGGAGCGCGCAGGGGCAGAAGAGGUUCGUGACAAGCUGCGCGAGAAGGAGUGCGGCGUGGAGGCACUGCAUGCCGCCAUUGAGCGGCUGGAGAGGGCGCGCAAGGCGCAGGACAAGAAGCACCUGCUGCAGCUAAAAGAGCUCAACAGACGGUACAAGGAGGAGCAGGCGCAACGGCUGACGCUGGAGUCGGAACGCACGCAGCUGAAGGCCAGCAGGGAGGCAGUGGAGCGGCAGGUGGAGGCGCUGCAGGAGGAGCGGGCGCAGCUGAUGGACCUGCUCAAUGCGCAGCGCAACAACUGCAGCCGGCUGGAGGCAACCAUAGCAGCCGACGCCGCCACCAUUGCGGAGCUGCGCUCUCGCGCGCAGGCCACCGACACGCAGCUGGCUGAUGAGGUGGCGGCGCGCCAGGAGCUGUUUGCACGGCAUAAGGCCCUGGAGGCGGAUUUCACGCUGGUUUCGGAGCGCCACAGCGCCCUGGCCGCCAGCAACUCGGAGCUGGAGGGGCGGCUGCGCGCCGCUAGCUCGCAGAAACAGCUGCUGGAGGACGAGGUGGAGGCCGCCAGGAAGGCGCUGCAGGCUGAAAAGGCGGCCUGUGCCGCGGAGCGCCAGCACGCCACCUCGCUGCAGUUCGACCUGACGCAGCUGCAGAGCGCCUCGCAGCUGGCAGCCGCAGCCGCAGCUGCCGACCAGGUGGAGCUGGAGCGCCUGCGCGGGCAGACGGAGCAGCUCAAGGCGGCCAGCGAGGGGUUGCGGGAGGACGUGGCGCGGCUGCGGGAGGAGGUGCUGCACCUGACGGCGCAGGGGGUGGCAGCGCAGGCCAGCGCGCAGCAGCUGCAGCAGGAGCGCGACCAGGCGGUGCAGCAGCGGGAGGAGGCGCAGCAGCAGCGCGAGGAGCUGCAGCAGCAGCUGGUGGCCACGCGGGAGUCCCUGGAGCGGCGCAUCCAGCAACUGGAGGCGGCCUGGCGGGACGACUCAGCGGCGCGGGCGCGGGCGGCGCAGGAGGCGGAGACGGCGAUGAUGCGCGGUCAUGGGGAGGAGCUUGCGGCACGGCAGCGCGCAUGGGACGGACAGCUGAGGGCGCGGGAGAAGGCGUGGGAGGAGGAGCGAGAGGCGCUGCAGAGGACGUGGGAUGGGCAGAAUAAGGCGCGAGAGAGGGCGUGGGCUGAGGAACGGGAGGCAAUGCAGCGGGCGCAGGAGGAGGAGCUAGCUCGCAAGGAUCAGGAGCUGCUGGUGCUGCGGGAGCGCAUGCGCGAGGCGCAGUCCAGUGUUGCGGAGCUGGCGGCCGAAGUGGCUACCUUUAAGUUCCAGGCGGAGCGCUACGCGGCGGUGUUCCGGGAGAACGAGGACCUCAAGCAGCGCCUGGCGCAGGCUGAGGAGACCAUCCGAGCGCGCGAUGCGGCGCUGGAGGAGGCGGCUGCCUCCCAGGCCGCCCAGCUGGAGCUGUGGAAGGCGGAGGCCAAUGAGGUGGCGCAGGCGGCAGCCAAAUGGAAGCAGCGGUGUACGGCACUGCAGGGACAGUUGGAGGCCAAGGACACGGAGAGCCAGGAGGUGGAUCAGGAGGCCCGUUCUCUUGCAGGGCGGCUCAGCAUGUCGGAGACGGAACGGGUAAAGCUGCAGGAAGCGAUGGCAAGCAUGGAGAGCAGACUGGCGCUUGUAACUCAAGAGGCGAACUCCUACAGGCUGCAACUAUCCGAGGUGCUGGCCUCCCACCAGAGCUCCCUGCGCCAGGCGGAGGUCGCCCAACAGGAGCUGCACCUGCGGGAUCUGCAGGAGCUGGAGGCGAAGCGUCGCGCCCUGGACGAUCUGUCCGACCAGCUGAACGACGCCGAGCGAGGCCGCGCCGCCGCCCAGGCUGAGGCCGCCCAGCUGCGGGAGAAGGUGGCGCUGCUGAGCCGCGAGGUCAACCGCGCCAAAGCCCUUGCAGACGCCGCCGCGGCUCGGACCCAGAGCUUGGGUGCUGCGGCGGUGGCUGCGCUAGGUGCCGGAGAGGGGCUCCGCAGGGGAGCACCGCAGCAGCCACAGCAGCAGUACCAGGCAGGCGGGCCGGCAGGGGCUGUGCAGCGGCUACUGGAGCUGGAGCACGAGGCGGAGGAACGGGAGCGGGCGCUCGCGGAACGCCGGGGGAGCGCUGGCGGCCGGGGCAUCGGCGACUUGGAGCUUGAGGCAGAGAGCUGGUUCAGUUCGCUGGAGGAGACGCCCCAGGCCAAGGCACCAGCGCCCGCACCCGCACCUGGGCCCCCACGCCAAGCCCGCACCGGACUGCAGCUCCGCUGGGCGGACACGCAGCAGGACGGCCGCGCUGCCGCACCCACACCGCAGCAACACCAACACCAACAGCAGCCGCCUCACUACCAUCACACCUACCACCAGCCGCAGCAACACCAGCCUCAACCGCAACCCCGGCAGCAACUGCCCCAACAGCACCAGCAGCCACAGACCUCCUCAUACGGCGGUGCUGCAGCGCGGUCAAGUGACACAGUGACUGGGGGUGCAGCGCCGGCUGCUGCUGCCCGGGCCUACGACGUUACAAUCAGCCCCAGCCAGGGAUCCACACCGCGGCUUGAGGACAUGCCGGGCAUGCAGGUGCCUCCUCCUGCAGGGUUUCCGCAUGCUCAGCCGCCGCCGCAGCCGUCCUCGGCGUUCAGGCAGCAGCCCCCGGGCGCCUUGCAGCACGCGGGCUUCAUGCAGCCGCAGGUGCAGCCAGGCAGUGCGGCUGCUGCUGCUGCUACUCCGGGAAGCAUGGGAGUGUGCGGUGCUGCGGCAGCUGCGGCGGGGACUUACACGGCGGUAGGUGGUGGGUGGGAAUCCCUUGCUGGUUGCGGUGUUCAGGGCGCCAACUGCCACCUCGUUUCGUCGCUGUCUCUUCCGCCGGGAUAUGUGCCGUACCGUCUGGGACCCGGAAGACGACCAGUGUUCCUGAGCUGCAGAAGGCUUGCGGCGGUAUCAGGUGGUCCGACCCUUGGGUCAGGGUGACGGCAGUUUCACACCACGUACGGCCCCCGCCUCGCAACCCCCCCAGCCCGCGUUCCAGCAUUCGGCCGCCCCCUUGGCGACUGGCCUGCCAGGCCCCGCCACCGGCGGCCAACCAUACACAUCCUAUGCGCCCUACUCCCGCUCGUACGGCCCCUCUCAAGCUCAACCGCAGCAGCAACAGCAGCCGCUGCAGCAGCAACAGCAGUCGCUUCCCUACCCUCCUGUCCUGACCUCAUACCGAAGCGACCUAGCACGGCCCUACAGCGCAGCCGCAGCUGCCGGCGCGCCGCCCUACUCCCCCGCCUUCUCCGAAUCGGCGUCCAAUGCAUCGUCGAACCUGCAAGAGCGGCUACAGCGGCUGCUGGGAACUGGGACGCUGCUGUAAUAGCUACCGGCAAAGCGACAGUGCGACGCUGCCAGGAGUCAUGUGUCGGACAGAGGCGGUUUACAAACGGUGGUGAUGACCUGGUGGUGUUGCAGUAGGCGCCCUGAACUGCAACCCCGGCAAAUCGGCUGCGGGCCAACACCUCUCCUGUGUUUGUGCCCCAGGCCCUUUAGGCCAGCAUGCCAUGCGAACGGUUUGGCGAGAACCUUGUACACCUAAAAGGACAGGAAUGUCCCUCUUCCGUGAACCAAGAGCCGUAGGCCAAUGACCUGUGAUUUCGACUCUAUGUGAGAAUUACGACUCGAGGCCACGCACAUGUCAGCACUUGAAGCAUUGCAAUGCUACGGGGUCAGCGCCGCCCCGCGUGUGGUCUCGGCUUAAAUGCCGUUGUACCAGCAUUGGUGUAACAUCCAGCGAUUGUG